GAUAUUCCAGUAGUUUCCACCCUCUGCACUAAAAAACGUUUUCCACAGACACACUCACAUAGAUUAUAUAUAUAUAACACCAAAGUGUGCAAUUCACUUGAAACCAAACAAGAUCAUAGAAAACCCAAAGCUACAGAGAAGAAAGAGCUUAUCAACAUAUAAGCACUAGCUAGGACACACCUAACAUGUACACUUCAUCAUACAAGCAAUCUUUGGCCAUGGCAGAUCAAUUCCAAGCUGGGAUUUGUGGCGAAAACUGGUGGAAUUCGUCGAAAAGCACGUAUGGAUCAUCGCUUUGUUCGCCUUCCAUCAAUGAUAUGGGAAGCUUCGGAUGGCCAAGUGAGUUGGUGGACAUAAAGGCAAGGUCUUGUGACGAGUCUUGCUCAGUUUCUGGUGAGUCCAUGAUUGUCCAAGGCAUGCAAAAACCUCAGCAGCCCGACUCCGAUUCAACUUGGCAAAUGAUGGUUACAACUGAUUGCAACAAAGGUUCACUUGGAAGAGCUGAGAGCAACUAUCAUUAUCCAGUGCUACAAGAAGAUAUGAAUUCGAGAUUGAAUUAUAAACAAGCAGAGAUGGAUUGUCCUCAAAUCGAAAAGGAGUGGAGUCCAAGCAACUUAGGCCAAGAUUCGUCGAUUGAUGCUUUCAAACCGAUGAAUCAAUUAGGGUUUUCCCUAGAUGAGUCAUGUUUGAACAGUGUCACUAGCUCCGGUAACUGCACCCCGGCUUGCCAAGGCAUAGCUACCGGCUUUUCAACGUGUUCAGCUUCAUAUAGCACUUCAAAAUUGCUGCAAACUCUAUUUGAUAUCGAGCCUCAACCACAAAAAUCUCAAUUUGACAAGCCAUCAAUGAACAUUCCAUCUCUACCAAAUUACCGGCCAAACUUAAGUAGUUUUUCUCCUUCUUUGCCUAAAUUAUCUACCUUGUUGAACCCUUCCAUGUCAAAACUAGAACCUACAAAUCAUUUUCUCUUCAACAAUAACACACCCUUAUACAAAUCACAGUUUCUCGCGUCCACGUUUGAAGAGAAGCCCAAGUGUCCCAACCUCACUGCAAAGCCUGGUUGUAAGGAUGAUGUUCAAUUCUCGAGCUCAGUGGUGAAGAAUGGCAGCAGUGAACCGGCACUUAAAAGACAAAGGUUUGAUACCCCAUCACCAUUGCCGACUUUUAAGGUCCGAAAAGAAAAGCUAGGGGACCGAGUCACUGCCCUCCAGCAAUUGGUUUCGCCUUUUGGAAAGACUGAUACUGCAUCGGUUCUCCAUGAAGCUAUCUUGUAUAUCAAGUUUCUCCAUGAUCAAGUCCGUGUUUUAAGUACUCCAUAUAUGAAAAAUGGACCUCCCAUUCAGCACCAACAGACUGGCGAUAAUUUGAAGAUUGACUCAGAAGGGCCAAACCAAGAGCUAAGAAGCCUCGGACUUUGCCUCGUGCCAAUAUCGAGCACUUUUCCAGUUGUUAGCGAGACCACUGCUGAUUUCUGGACCCCCACAUUUUGAUGAACAUUAGGUAAGAGCUAGAGGAGAUGGAGAAGCUAAAGAAGUACUUCAAUCUUCCCGGCCUGCAACUAAUGCAAAAUAAAUGUCUGACAAAUUGGCUAUAUAUGAUAAUUCAAGUUUGGAAAGAAAACAACAAUUGAAAGCUUGGAAGGCACAUUUGUGGUGUUGUGCAAGUCUUGAACAAAAGCAAGACAAAGGAAAAGGAAGAAAGAGAAAAAGAAAAAGGGGCGACCGACCCUUCAAGGAAGGACAAGCAAUGUUUGGCCAGAUGCAGGCAAAUUAUGUAGCCUAGAAAAGAUGUUUAGGUAACAUUUGUAGGAUAAUAAUGUGCAGUGAUAAUUAAUCUAUAUCUAUAUAUAUAUAUAUAUAGUUAGAGAUGGAUUAGGAACAAGUGCUAAAUUUAGUGGAAAAGUUUGGGUUAGUAGGGCAUAUGUUGGUAGUUGAGCUAAAUUUAGCAGAAAGAUGGUGAUAUGUUAAGGGAGUUUUGUUCCUGAUUCUAUAUGUAUGUAGGGUUGGCACCAGUUCUUAUUUUAUGAGAAAGAGAUUAACAUGAGAAAAAGGAGUAGAGAUAAAAAGAUCAUUAUUAUUGAAUUCAAGAACAGAAAAGAGUGAGUUUGUGGAGCUCA